UUAUACAGAAGAUAUGUGCGGCUAGGUAAGUUGAGCGACCUCAACGCGGCAAUUAUUCGGGUGGAAACGGCCAUCGAUACAUAUGCAGCAGGGAACCCCUCUCACAAUGAUAUGCUAAAUGUGCAGAGCGACUUAUUGAGAGAGAGAUUUGGCCGGCUUGGUGGCAUGAGAGAUCUAGAAUUAGUGGAAGGGAUAAAUGAGGAAAUAGUGAGACGAAGCCGCACCGGUGACCCGGAAAGUACCAGGGCAAUUGCCUACCUUGGGGUCGUGUUAUACAAACGCUUUGAGCGGAUUGGCACCCUGGGAGACCUUCAAAAAGCCAUCAAGCUCACGGAAGAGGCACUAACUGCCACCCCUCUAGAUCACCCAGAUCGAGCAGCUGGACUUAGUAACCUGGGAGGCAUGCU